AUGAGCGCAGCGUCGCGGUCGUGGCUCGAGGGCUUUGCGGCGCACCCCGUGUUUGCGGAUGCCGGCUCGAUCGGCGCGGACACGACGCGGCGUGCGUCGCUGCUGGCCGUGCGCGGCACGGACCUGAUUGCGGUCGUCGAAAACGAGGUGCGCAUCACCUCGCUCGCCCAGGCCAAGCGCACGUUGUCGGGCGGCGACGAGAGCGCACUGGCCUACAAGGUGCUGGCCAACGAGCACCUCGACUUUGGCAUCACGCAGGUGCUGGUGAAUCCGACCGGCAAGCUGCUCGCUGUCGCCGGCACGCACGAGCUCGUGAUGCUCAUCCUGCCCCGCCGCGGCUACAUGCAGCACGUCGGGCAGGCGUGCCCGGUGAAGGGCAUGCGCGUCGGCGCGUACUACCAUGCGCCCCACGGGUGCGCGGCGCUCGCGCAGUGUGGCUGGCACCCCCUCGGGCGGGACGGCGCGAGCCUUUUGGCGCUCACCGAAGACGGGCUCGUCCGCGAAUACGACGUGCUGCGCGACGUCGACGAGCCGCAGCAGACGAUUGCGUGCACGCCGGGCGCGUCCGCACGGCGCUCGGCCUUUUCCGCGGACGACGACGAGGCGGGCGUCGCGGUCGCGUACGCACUCGGCGAUACCGACGCGGCAAUGCCGGACGCCGACGACCUCGCGCUCGCUCCGUCGUGGCUCUUUCUCACGCUCUUUGUGCUGAUGCGCAACGGCGACGUGUGGGCCAUCUGCCCUUUUCUGCCGAAGCGCGCAUCCGUGCCGAGCGCCCGCAUUGCUGCUCUGCAAGACGACGACGGGCUGGCGAAGCGGUACGUCGCCGACCUCGUCAAGCAGCUCCCGGAUGAGGACACGUCGCUCGACGGCGAGCGGGGCAUGGCCAACGUCACGGCUCCGGCGUCUGUGCCCCACCGCGCCGUGCCCCAAGGGCCGUUCCUUUUGCGGCCCGCGCCGGUCGACCGCAACGACGAAGAGGCGGCGGUCGCGAGCGACGUCUUUGCGGCGCGCCUCCCUGCGCCGCUCGGCACGUCGGCCGCGCCGCUCGACGUGCUCGGCAUCGGCGCGCGCGACGGCACGAUCCAGCUGUGCCUCCUCGCCGAGCCGAUCGCGCCCCGGUGGGCACGCGCGGCGCCGCCGACGCUCGUCGUGUACGAGACGAUCGUCCUUCCGCUGGACUCGCCUGCGCGCACGUACGCGGCGCUGCAGGACGAGAAUGUCCUGGCGUUUGUCCAGGAUCCUUUAUACCCCGAUACGGUGUUUGUCACCCACAUGCUCGGCGUGCACCGCAUCUCGAUGCAGCGCUGGGCCGAGCCGCUGCUGGAGGCGAUUGCAGCGGGCCGGGCCGCCGAGGCGCUCGCAGCGAAGCGCACGAGCGAGGUGGUGUGCGUCGCGCAGGCGUCGGACGCCGCGGCGGCUGCGCACAUCACCGGCACGGUGCUGGUGAAUGACGUGUACCUCUCCUAUGCGUUCUUUGCGCUGACCGCCGACGCGCAGCUCAUUGCGCUCGAGCUGGGCCUGCGCACGCCCGCCGAGCCGGUCGCGCGCGAGAGCGAGGGCGAGGCGUACGUCGCCUUGCUUACCGAUGCGUUCCACGCGCCAAAGUUUGCGCUGCGUGCGCCGGCCGCGUCGAGUGCGCCGCUCGCGGUGUCUGCCGAGAGCCUGCGUGCAUUUGGCCGCACCGCCGAGCACGUCCGCGGCGAGGUACGCGACGUGGUCAGCGGCGCAAACGCCACGCAGAGCCGCCUCGAGCAGCAGGUCCAGGAGGCGCAGCGCCAGGUCGCCGAGCUCGGCGGGCUCGCCAAGCGCCUCGACGCGCUCGGCACGCCGAGCGGCCUCGCGGAGCGCCUUGCGCGCAUCGAGGCCGCACAGCGUGCGACGAUCGAGCGCACCGACGCGCUGCUGCAGCAGCUCAUGGACGAGCACCAGCCGCAGCUCUCGAUCUACGAGCGCCGCUGGCUCGACGAGCUCCAGCGCAUGGCGCGCGAGUUUGGCGUGGGCGACGCGCCCGCGCCGCCCGCCGCCGAGCAGCUGCGGCGCCUCGAGCACCAGCUCGGCGUCCUGCGCCCGUCGCUCCCGCGCUACGCCGAGCAGCUGCGCCGCGCCGCGCCCCAGGGCCAGCGGCUCGGCACGCAGCAGACGCAGCGUGUCGAGAGCCUGCUGGCAAACGAGGCGCGGCUCCUGGCGCAGGCCAAGGCCAAGAUCCAGAAGAUGCAGCUCGCGCUGCGCGCGGGGUAG